AUGGCGGCUAUUCCACCAGCGAGGGACGGCGCAACUGCCGCAGCAGAUUCCAUGGACCUCAGCAGUCUCCUCUCCUCGCUGCCCGCCUCCUCCACAGCCUCCACUCUGGCCUUCGAUGGUCCCUCGCUCCUCUCCUCUCUCAACUCCUACGGACUAGCAACCGACCUCUCUCCCUCUGACCUCUCCCUCACCCUGCCCUCAACAUCCUCCUCUCAGCUUCCCUCGUCCUCUUCCUCCUCCUCCAAUUCGACGCUCUCCAUCCUCCUCUCUCGCUUAUCCCUCCUCCUCUCAGACCUCUCCCGCCUCCUCGAAGCCCAAAUACGCGAAUCCCUCCCUGCCCUCCUAGACGAGACGGCCAAAAUCCAAGGCCUUCAGAAGGGAGUCUGGGACCUCAGAAAGGGAAUCAGCGAAGUCGAUGGUGCAAUUGAAAAGGUCGGCGAAGGGACAAAGGUGGGGGUACAGAGGUUGAGGAGGGACCAGAGGAGGUUGAAGAGGUUGUUCGAAAUUAGCGAACUACUGAGGUUGGCGAGUCGCUUUGUGCUGCUUGCUCGCAGAUUGGAGGGAAGUCUCAGAGCGCUAUUCGAUGAGGGAGAUGAGGAUGGAGAGGACGGGGGAACGGCUGGAGAGGAGACCGAGGAGACGCAGCAGAGGAAACGACAACAUCAACGCAACCGCGAAGAGGCUCUCGUCCGCUCUGCCAGGGGGAUCACUGCGAUACGGCAUCUUCUCCAGGCUAACCCUUCGUUGGGCUCAAUAGCCUUCGUCGUCUCCUAUCAGCCCUCGAUAGCAUCAGCAAGAUCACAGCUGCUGGACACGAUGGAGCGCUUUAUCGUCCUCGGACUGCGUGACCUCAGUCCCUCAAUGUUGAGCUCCUCUUUGCUGACCGCAAGCAUGCUGGGUGUGCUCAAAGACCUGGUCAAGGACCUCAUGACGGAUCUCACAGACGUCGUGCGCAAGCGGGUCGAAGCGGCCUUUGUCUCCAGUGCAAGUCUCGUAGCCGCAGAAGACGCAGGGUACCCGAGCUACAAGGCACGGCGACCUGGUCAGAGUGUAGCUGGAGGGGCAAGGAGCGGGACUACCCAGGGUCAACAGGAGCUUGUGGCAAGACUCGAGACGCUCUUCAGUCUCGAGAUGACGGCAGUGUGCUCCAAAAUCUACCUACUGCAGCGGGUACUGGGUCUGAUGAGGAAUACGGAGCCGGUUGGUGGAGAAGGCGAGGAGCAGCCAGAGGGACAGGCAGCAGGGGAGAGUACCGAGAGAGGCACUUUGCUCGACGAAGGGGUCAAAAUCCUCGGUGACCCCCCAACCCUCCUCUUCUGGCGCUCCCUCUCCAGCGCCCUCUCCUCCUCUUCCUCCACCCUUCCACCUCACCUCGCCAUCCCCGCUUCGCCCUUUUUGGCAAACGAGACGCGCAGGCUCGUAGAUCUCUUCUUUGAAAAGACGAGCGUGUGGACGGGAAUCGCAGUUGGGAUUGAGAAGAAGGCGAUGGUUGGCGCUGGUGCGGGAGGGGGAGGUGGUGCAGAAGGAGUGAAUGGUCAAAACUCAGUGGCGAGUGCAAACAGUAGUGCUGAGAGGGUAUUUGUAUUGAGGAGUCUGGGGCUGUAG